AUGGACUGUGACCUCACAGACCUCCACUGCUCACCCUCAGGCACAGCAGAGCCUGGCCCAGUUGAGCUUGUUCCUGGUGUCUGGCUGAGCACGUUGGCGAGGUCUAGAGACCCAGCGAAGCGAUCUUGGUUUGUGCUGUGGGGCUCUGGGAGCUGUUCUCAGUGCCCACCCCCACAACAUUGCCUGUAUUUCCCCGGCCCUGCUUGGAUCAGGCAGCCGGGUCCCAAGAAGCACGCUCGAGGCAGCGGAGCAUUCAGAGAUCACUGCAGGACUGCAGCAAGGGGAGCCGAUUUCCAGCUCCAGCUCCCCAGCCCAGAACGGGGCCAUGCAGGAGGCGUUCUGUGCCAUCUGCCGCGAUGCAACACCUGACACCUUUGUGGUGCCCUGCGAGCACCACUUCUGCCUUCGUUGCAUCCUUCAGUGGACCCUAAGAAAAUUCACCUGCCCGCUCUGCAGGAGGCUCAUGAGCACCAUCAACUUUUCAGUGCGGGCAGAUGGCUCUCUGCCCUGUGUCAUCACGCUGCCAUCCGAGUACGAGGCAGAGAGCCACGACACAGCCUCCCUGUGGGACAUCGCCACCCCGCCGCGCCCCACUCCACCGGGCAGCCCUGCGGGGCACGGAGAAGAGGAGCUCCCCGCCACGUCCUACACAGCUCCCGGGGACGCGGCCGCCCAUCCCACCCGUACGCCCGUCCCCGGGGAGGCGGAGGAGCCCCAGCGGGAGCCGGAGCAGGAGGCAGCACCGGGACCUUCUGCCCAGGGCCGCAGCCCCACCGCUGCCAAGCGGGGCAGGGACCGCUCAGCCCGGGGGUCCCACCGCCCCAGGAAGAGGAGGGCCCGCAGCGCCCGGGGCACUUCGCAGCCCUGCAAGAGGCCGCCCCCGCGGCACCAUUAGCAGGGCUGCAUCCAUCUUUGUUAUUAAAAAAGCAUGGAAAACCACACAGCUAUUGC